AUGGCCAGAUUCGGGUUGCUUGCGCUGGCCUCCUGGCUCGGCCUUGCGGCGGCCAAGGAUGUUUACCUCGAUUGGAACGUUACUUGGGUCAAUGCCUCCCCAGAUGGCUUUGAGCGUCCUGUCAUUGGUAUCAAUGGCGAAUGGCCUUGUCCCCAGAUCGAUGUCGAUAUGGGUGACCGCCUCAUCGUCGAUGUAUACAACGGUCUUGGAAACGAGUCCACUGGUAUCCAUUGGCACGGAUUCCACCAGUAUGCUACUGGUGUGAUGGAUGGAGCCAGUGGUGUGACUCAAUGUCCUAUUGCUCCUGGCUCGCACAUGCAAUAUCACUUCGAUAUCAACCAAACCGGAACUUACUGGUAUCACUCCCACAAUAUGGCUCAAUACCCCGAUGGAUUCCGCGGUCCUUUGAUUGUCCACGAUCCCAACGUUCCCUUUGCAUAUGAUGACGAGUUCACAAUUACCCUGACCGACUGGUACCACCAGCAGAUGCCUGAUCUGCUCAAUGCAUAUGAGUCUGAGUCCAACGCGCAGGCCUUCCAUGGCAACGAGCCUCUUCCCGACUCUGCGUUGAUCAAUGACGCGAGCGAUACCAAGAUCAAGGUCCUUCCCAACAAGACCUACCUGGUACACAUCAUCGCUCUUGGAAACUGGCCCGGCCACACCUGGGUCUUUGACGGCCAUGAGAUGACCGUAGUCGAGGUGGACGGUGUCUACGUUGAGCCCUACGCCGCUGGAGACAAAUUCCUGCGUAUUGGAAACGGACAGCGCGUCAGUGUCUUGAUCCAUACCAAGCCCGACACCAGCAGGAACUUUGCCAUCUGGGACACCAUGGAUGUGAACAUGAUGUUCUUCUUCGAAGGCCGCGACAUUCCUCCUGGAUACAACCCCAACGCCACCGCCUGGUUGGUCUAUGAUGAAGCCAAGCCUCUACCGGCUCCCCCAGUCUUCGGCACCGACUUCGUGUUCGUCGAUGAUCUCGACUUCGUGCCCAGGGACCGUGAGCCCAUCCUCGAACCGGUGAACCAUCAGAUCGUCCUGAACACUGGCAGCCGACGCAUCAACGGCGUCCAGCGUUUCACUGUGAACAACGAGACCUACAUGCCUCCCCAGGUCCCAACCCUGUACACCGCGAACACCGUCGGCCCCGAGCUUGCCUCCAACCCCGAGGUCUAUGGCCAAGUCAACCCCUUCGUGGUGAAGCACGGCGACAUUGUUGAAAUCGUCAUCAACAACCGCCACAACAACCUGCACCCAUGGCAUUUGCACGGCCACCAGUUCCAAGUCCUGCAGCGCUCCGACAUUGGCGCUGGUGACUACAAGAGCCUGGGCCCCAAUGUUUCCAAGACCCCUGUCAGACGCGACACUAUCAUGGUCCAGAACAAUGGUCACGCCGUCCUUCGCUUCCGCGCCGACAACCCCGGUGUCUGGCUCCUCCACUGCCACAUCGAGUGGCACGUCGAGGCCGGCCUCAUGGCUACCAUUAUCGAGGCUCCCGAGACUUUCCCCGGAUCCGAGAAUGCUCCCCCUAAUAGCCACUAUAAUGUCUGCGCUGCUUAUCCCGCUCCUUACAGUGGCAAUGCUGCGGGCAAGGAUGGUACCGAUCUCAGUGGUCUCGACAACACCGUCACCCCUGGAAGCAACGGUGCGCUCUAUCACGGCAAGGCAAAGGAUGCCCACACUCCCACAGUUGCUCAGUCUCCCAAGCCUACUACUGCCCAGGCCCCUGCGCCCAAGCCAACCACUGCCCAGGCUCCCGCUCCCAAGCCCCCUGCGCCUAAGCCCGCUGCUCCCCAGCCUCCAGCCCAACAGACACCUGCUCCUAAGCCUGCUGCACCUGCUCCCAAGCCUGCUGCCCCCAAGCCCGUCGCUGACGCGGCCGUCCCUCCCACGCCUCAUUCGCCGGAACCCCAGGAGCCCGUUCCUCAAGCGCCCCACCAUGCUCCUGCUCCUGAGCCCGAGUAUUCCCCCGAGGAGUACUACUACUACCCUCCUCCCCACGAUGAGCCAGUGCACGUCCACUCAGACGAACACGACGGACCCUGGCCAGCCCCCCACGCAGACCACAGCCACGUCCAAGAGGGCGAGACAAACUCGCACUACCCAGGCAAACCAAUCAUCGCCGAUUCCCAGGAUACAAAGGGUCCCUGGCCAAAUGCGCACAACGACCAGUCGCACGCCCAAAUUGGCAACCCUAACGAUCCCUCGACUGACCCUAUCGUCGCUCACAACGAGGGCUCCAAGGGUCUCUGGCCUCACCCGUACAACAAUGACGGAUAUGUCACUGAGGGUGGACAUAGCAUCCACACGCAUGAUUCUGGUCCCGACGAUCUGCCUGAUGGGUUCAAGGGCUGGGAGCAGUAUGAGCAUAUUCAAUAG